AUGGUCAAGUACUUCACAGAAGUCUUCAGUCUGGACUGUCCUGGGGAAGAAGAAGCAGAUGCCAUGCUGGAAGAGGAGAUGUCUGGCUCCGCUGUUGGCUCUUUCUGUUCCCCAAACUUUGCGGAAAUAUCAGACAUCGUGUGUCUUAGCGCCACCACGUGGCCAAUGGUGGCGCUGCGUCAGGAGUGCUUGCAGCUGGGGUCUCGCCGUCUAUGUCGCCCUCUGGCGCUUCAGCUCUGCAAUUCAGACGAUGACGACGAUGACGACGAUGAUGAUUACUAUUUCGAUUUUACGGAGGCUCAGCCCCCUGCUCCCACCAUGCCUGCCAAAGGGAUCUAUUUACCCGCCUGGGGACGCCUGGCCCUCUCCUUGGUCUCCCGAAGCACCCAGCUCCGCGCAGCCCUCCAGGACCGCUGGCGGCAGACGCUCAGGUUACCCCUGGGCGAGCCGGCUCCCCGGAGGGCUCGGCGUCACCCCGCGCGGCACGGCUCUGGCACCACCUCCGAGCUGGCGGAGGGGGAAGCAGCCGCACCAGAGGUCCGAGACGGGCGCCCGCGGACAGGGGAGACAGCAGGGGACCUUCCCGGGGCAGCCGCCUCUAAGCCGCACGGGAUGGCGAGGGUAGCCGUGCGUGCCGGGAGCGCGAGCUCCCGCUUCGUCCCCGCCCCUUUCGGGGAGACUCGACCCCCUCCGCGCUCUGUCUACCGCCCGCAGGACACAGCCUCCCGGGUUUUCUGGCCCCCGGGCCCCGGCUCCGCUCUCCGGAGGGGGCGACCCGGGAGGCGUGGAGGGGGGGCGGCAGCCGAGGCGUCGCGUCCUAGGGGUGACCUUCUGACUGAUCCCCACAGCUACCACCUGGUCGGGAUCAGCUUCUUUAUCCUGGGGCUGGGCACUCUCCUUCCCUGGAACUUCUUCAUUACGGCCAUCCCGUACUUCCAGGGGCGGCUGGCAGGAGCCAACAACACCGCUGGGACCCUGGGCACCAACCACACAGGCCCUGCAGACACUUUCAACUUCAACAACUGGGUGACGCUGCUGUCCCAGCUGCCCCUGCUGCUCUUCACGCUCCUCAACUCCUUCCUGUACCAGUGCAUCCCUGAGACGGUGCGGAUUCUGGGCAGCCUGCUGGCCAUCCUGCUGCUUUUUGCCCUGACGGCAGUGUUGGUCAAGGUGGACAUGAGCCCUGGGCCCUUCUUCUCCAUCACCAUGGCCUCUGUCUGGUUCAUCAACUCCUUCUGUGCAGUUCUGCAGGGCAGCCUCUUCGGGCAGCUGGGCACCAUGCCUUCCACCUACAGCACCCUCUUCCUCAGCGGCCAGGGCCUGGCUGGGAUCUUCGCUGCUCUUGCCAUGCUCAUGGCCAUGGCCAGUGGCGUGGAUGCCCAGACCUCCGCCCUGGGGUACUUCGUCACACCCUGCGUGGGCAUCUUCACGUCUAUUGUGUGUUACCUGAGCCUGCCCCACCUGGAGUUCGCACGCUACUACCUAGCCAAGAAACCAUUGCAGGCGCAAGGUCAGGAGCUGGAGACCAAAGCUGAGCUCCUCCAGUCUGAUGAGAAGAACAGUAUUCCCAACAGCCCCCAGAAGGUAGCCCUGACUCUGGACCUUGACGCUGAGAAGGAGCCAGAGCUGGAGCCAGAGGAGAUCCAGAAGCCAGGAAAACCUUCAGUUUUCAUUGUCUUCCAAAAGAUCUGGCUGACGGCGCUGUGCCUUGUGUUGGUCUUCGCAGUCACCCUGUCUGUCUUCCCCGCUAUCACAGCCAUGGUGACCAGCUCCACCAGUCCUGGGAAGUGGAGUGAGUGUUGGGAAGCAGAACAGGGCAGGGCAGGGGAGAGGGAGGGAGGAGGAAUGAAGGGGAGGAGGAGGGAAGAGGAAGGAGGGACCAGGAUGAGCCCUCUUUCUCUCCCAGGUCAGUUCUUCAACCCUAUCUGCUGCUUCCUGCUCUUUAACAUCAUGGACUGGGUGGGGCGGAGUCUGACCUCUUACUUCCUAUGGCCGGAUGAGGACAGCCGGCUGCUGCCCCUGCUCGUCUGCCUGCGCGUCCUAUUCGUGCCUCUCUUCAUGCUGUGCCACGUGCCCGAGAGGUCCCGGCUGCCCGUCCUCUUCCCGCAGGAUGCCUACUUCAUCACUUUCAUGCUGCUCUUCGCGGUGUCCAACGGUUACCUGAUGUCCCUUACCAUGUGCCUGGCGCCCAGGCAGGUGCUGCCACAUGAGAGGGAGGUGGCCGGCACCCUCAUGACCUUCUUCCUGGCCCUGGGGCUCUCCUGUGGAGCCGCCCUCUCCUUCCUCUUCAAGGCGUUGCUCUGAAUGCUCCGUUCCAGGCUCGCCCACGGCUCUCUCUUCGCUACCCCUUCGGAGCUGAGACCCCCGUGCAGGGGGAAUGGCGAGCCGGGCCCAAGCCUCUGCUGGGCUGGUGCCCCUCGGUCUGGAAGUGCCACCUGCAAGUGGGUGCUGCUCUCCUUCCCGGGCUGGUGUCCAUUUGGGGGCUGCGAGGAAGAAUUCACCAGCGGUCAUUCUAACCCCCCACCCCCAGCAGUGGAGCUGAAUCACAGAGACAGACUAUUCAGAGGCACACAAGACCUCUCUGCACAGGUGCCGAUCAGGGAAAGAGGGCCAAGGACCAUGGCCCUUCCUCACCAUCAAGAGUACAUUUGUUAAUCUCAAGACACGCGCUUGCUGAUCUGUGGCCACUGGAGGCCACCAGCGGGGUCUUGCCACAGGUGUGGCUGCUGGGGCCCAGCCUGGGGUUCAGAGUGGGAGUGGGGGCCAGCCCAGGGCAGGCCUGCCCCUCCCCAGGCCUCAGCAACUCCACGAUCGGAUGUCUCAGACCCCAGGGCAGAGGAUGCCUGGGAGGCCGAGGGCAGCAGGGAGAAGGAACGGGCAUUAGGGAUCUGAAGGUACUCAAAGGACCAUCUGGGCCUCAGACAGUGUUUGCGUAGCCAACACUUACUGUCCCCGCUCCCCAGAGCCAGGCUGGGCCUGGGUCCCGGAGCUGCGGGCGGCUUACAUGUGUGCACCCCACUUUACAAUUUGCAAAGCUCUCCCGCACCCAUUCUCUUACGGAAGCCACAUUGAGACACUUGCGGGAGCCAGGCAGGGACGGUGCUGUCCCUCUGUACAGGUGAGGAAACCGGAUCUCGGGGGGAAAUGACCUGGUCCAUGGCCGAGCCGGGACCCAGCCCCCACCUCUCUCCUCCCUAUAGGUGCUGUUCUUCCUGCCCACUACUUGCUUCUCCUUCCCUCACGAGGCUCGAGGCAGGAGUCCUAAGCACUUGCUCCCCACUUUUUGCUGUUUUCCUUCCAAACCCACUCCUGGGUCUAAUAACAACCUUCUUCAUUUGUAUCAUCAAUUCACGGAGUCUUUAUUUCCAAAGCGCUUUCAGCUCUAUCAGCUUUGAUAAGCUGGGUAGGGUAGGGAUAAUUGUACCCAUUUGACAGAUGGGAUGACUGAGGCCCUCAGAGGGGCAGGGAUUCGUGGGCAUCCCUCUGCUGGGCCCUCUUGACCACAUGAUGUCCUGUGCUCCUGGGCAAAGCACCUGGCUGCAUGGACAACUAUUGCUUUCCCCCUCCACUGGUGUCCCCUGCCUCCCCAGGCCCUCCUCCUCAAAAAUGGA